AAAGAAUUCACCUGGCCUGGACUCUGAUGGCAGCCGCAAAACUAAGGUCCUAAACACAACCCAAGUCUUCCCAAUUCACACAUUAGAGGGUAUAAAAGGGUUAGUGUGUGGUGUGUGGUGAAAUCGAGCUUGUAAACCAUGGAAGUUCCCGAGUUGCAGGUGGGUAGGAAUGUGAAGAAGGCGAUGAAGGCGAUGAAGGCGAAGAGGGCAUACUGGGAGCAGACGCACAACGUCGAAAUCCAGAAAUCUUCUUUCCGGGCAGUUAUUUCCGCUCUCAAGAAAUCCUCGUAUUCGAUUUUCGCCGACGAUGCAGAGCUCCGAAUAAUGGGGAUCGAAGUAAUUGAGGGAGCGUGCAUGCUGGUGGCAGAGAGGUUCCGAAACUGCGUGUUCGAGAGAGGGUUUAAGGAGAGGCAAGACGAACUUUGCCGUGCGCUGGUGGAUGUGAAGGAGCUGUGUGAGGCUCUGGACGAAGAUAGCUGUGAUUGGCUGGCUCGGGCCAGGCUCGAACGUGACGAGUCGUCACUUUCACUGGCCGAGUCCUUGGACAGAUGGAGACAUGUCUUUGACUCGCAAUUCUACCAGCUGAGGAAGUUCCAAGAGUUUGGGCUGAGGCUCGAGAAGCAGCAGCUGACGACAAUCUCCCCAAUAGUGCGCGAAAACAUUACAAAUUUUGUGGAGAAAGUAAAUCUCAGAAUGUUUAAAUUAUUCAACAAGACCUUGAUGGUCAGCCCAUCUCAUGUCAGGGAGGUUGUGAGCAGAUUGACCGAUGUUCCGCUUGUUGAGUUGUCCUCUUCCACUAGUUAUCUAAAAAAAGAAGCCUCGCGCCUGGCGAAGAAGAGGCUGGUGGGCCUCGACAGCACGAUCGAUGGAAUCUUUGAAGUUUUAGCAACCUCCUGCACGAAUUUGGGCCGAGUACGGGCCAGGCCCAGGGGAUUAUUCCUCCUCGUGGGCCGAAGAGGGUCCGGCAUCACAGAGAUUGCCAAAGCCGUUGCCCAACAUUGGUAUGGAGAUGCGAGCAGGCUUGUGGAGUUUGGGAUGUGCAAGUUUUACGAUGGAAACCCAAUUGGAAUGGCAACAAGGGAUCCCGAAACCAAGGCAAGCCUCGAGCUUUUCUUGAGCCGUUUCUCGGAGGUUGUGAGGAAACGGCCCUAUUCGGUGAUUCUUCUCGAUGGAAUAUAUAGAGCGGGCUUUUGCGUUAAGGGUCUACUCCAAGUUUUAAGUGGUGAUGCACCAACUGGAGUUGACUUUUCCAAGUGUAUUAUUUUCAUGGCGGCAAGACGGGGGCGUGGUGUGGAUGGGCUUAAGUUGAAGUGUAGAUGCUUUGGCAAAAGACCACAGCUCGAGGAGGCAUUCGAGCGCGAUCCAGCAGGAUUCGAGAGGGACCACGACUGUUUGCCGAAAAUUUUGGAAGAUGCUCUGUCCAUGGGAAGACGUUUAAUUGGGUCCGAGCUGUUUGAUUCUAUGGUGGAUAGAGCUUUUGCUGUGGAUGUUAGGCACAAUGAGAAGGCUGUUUUUAGAAUGCUUCUUAGGGAGAUGGUUAGUGAAGUUGGUGAGGGAAGGAUUCUCGCGCAUAUCUCAGAUGCUGCCUUGAACGCCAUGCUUUGGAAUUCACGUGCUAGUUUCUCGUUAUCAAUUCCCGGAAAGACUUUGAAAGAAAUGUUGAUUGAGGAGGUCCGGCCAAAGUUGGUGGCAGCCAGAGGUUGUUAUAAUAGCAAUGUUAUAUUAUAUAUCGACACCCUGAUUGGAACUGGCGAGCUGUCGUUUAGAUUUGAAAAGAACGAACGAGACCUAGCCGAUGCCUACUUCAAGCACAAGGACGGGACAUUUGGCUGCGUGGUGGCCAAUUUGGGGCUAAAAGUGCAGUCAGCCUUCAAUCUGUUUGUGUUCCACCAACAGAUUAUGCAUCAUUUGAGUCCCACCAAUGAAAACAGUGUACAGUUGGGGAGGUCCCUGCUGAACAUGUGCAAAUAUCUCUCGAAUUUUUCUCCUUUGUCUCCGAGCUUGGAGGAGGUAGUAACAACAAGAGGAAUAACAGUGACAACAUCUAAUAGUAAUACUGGUGAAGAGAAGUCGAAGUUGAAGGAGGAUAUAAUAGUGAUGAGGAGUUUGUUAGCAAAAGCCGAUACAAGUCCUGCUGAAGCAGUUACCCGUAUCAUAAUCGAUGCCAUAUUCAAGAUGAUUGAUGCUCCACUGGAAGAUUAUUUCCCUCCAAAUCCAAGAUGUCACCUAAUUUUAUGCCCGCACGCUUAUGAUGCUAAGAGGCAACUGAUUUUACGUCUGAGCGAAUCCCUCAAGUCGAAUUUCACGCACGUCAAUCUGAGAAAUAACAUGAGCAGCGGCCAUCAAAUCAAGAAAUUGCUGAUGAAGUUUGUGAAGGAGAGACUUUUUGCUGUUUUCAUGCUCGACGGAGUUGAGCAUUCGGAUGAUGUCCUCUACAGAAGCCUUCUCGAGAUUCUUGAUAAGGGUGCUCUUAUUGAUGAGAGUGGUCAAACCGUUGACUUCCGGACAGCUAUCUUUAUCCUCACGUCAGAGGCUGCCAACAGGCAGGCAAUUGCUGGCUUCUUUGAUUCUGAUACUCAUGCUAAGCAGAAAAAUACGAAACGAGGUCGAUCUGAGCUGCUUCCGUGGGUUUCGAUGAAUUAUAGGCAACCUCCAGAGAAGAGACGUAAAGUGGAGUCGCUUGCCCGGGUUGAAAUAGUUUCCCACCGUGUCAAGGAGGUUAAACGAUUUAGGACAGAAUUAGUUAACCGGGUGAGUGAAAUAAUUCUUUUUAACCCGACAGGUUCACGCGAGCAUGGACACAUCCGCAGGCUUUCUAAAUGCAACAGCUUCAUCAAAUGCUCCGCAACUAAUGCUGUAUCGGUUUCGAGCAUCAUUAGAUUGUUCCAAUGUGGCGAUAGAGACGAUGGGUUUUUUGAUUAUUUACAACAACAGUUGUCAUCAUCGCGUGUCAAAUUCCAUUUGUUGGGGAGCGCGGGAGAUAACUGUGGAGUCGAGGAGACCUGUUCCUCGUAGUAUCGAUACUUUGUCUAACGAAUCUCUACAGACACGAUCCUCCUUACCAUCGAUGCUUUGUCUAGCGAAUCUCUAACGACACGACCCUCCUUAUUGCUAUGGUAAUUUUAUAUUUUAGACAAAUGAAAACUAUUAAUGAUUUCCAGAGUCCACCUAUUUAUCUAUGAAUUAAAUGUAAGA